AUGAACAGUGACUGGUCAAAAGAUCCUCCUCCUGAAUUCAGACGAUCUGCAGAUGGAAGGAUCCAAGAGCAGAGACUAGACUGUCCUGAACCCAGCUGUCUGUCCUUCAAGAGCGACCAGUCGAAGGAAGAUUUCUAUGAAUUUUCUGCUGAUCAAAUAGUGGAGCAGCAGAACUCAGAGGUUCCCAGAGCUCAGUCUGUCCAGCAGCAUCACCUGGACUCCAUAUUCAUGCUGCUGGAGGACAACAUGGUGACUUUUGUGAAGAAGGAGCUGAAGAAGAUGCAGAAGGUUGUGAGUCCAGAUUACCCAGAAUGCUCAGAGAGUCAGAGGGAGGAUGAGGAGGAGGUGGAGGGUGAUGAUGAAGAUGAGAGGAGCAGCAGAGAGAUGUUUGAGCAGAUGACAGUGUUGUUCCUGAGGAGGAUGAAGCAGGAGAAGCUGGCUGACUGUCUGCAGAGCAAACUUGGUGCUGCAGUUUGUGGACGUAAACUUAAACGUGGUCUGAAGAAAAAGUUCCAGAGAGUGUUUGAGGGCAUUGCUAAAGCAGGACAGCCGACCCUCCUGAAUGAGAUCUACACAGAGCUGUACAUCACAGAGGGAGGGACUGCAGAGGUCAAUGAUGAACAUGAGGUCAGACAGAUUGAAGCAGCAUUCAGGAAAGCAGACAGAGCAGAAAGAAGCAUCAGACCAGAAGACAUCUUUAGAGGCUCACCUGGAAGAGAUGGACCAAUCAGAACAGUGAUGACACAGGGAGUGGCUGGCAUCGGGAAAACAGUGUUAACACAGAAGUUGACUCUGGACUGGGCUGAAGACAAAAGCAACCAGGACAUCCACUUCAUGUUUCCAUUGACUUUCAGAGAGCUGAAUGUGCUGAAAGAGAGAAAGUUGAGCUUGGUGGAACUUGUUCAUCACUUCUUCAGUGAAACCAAAGCAGCAGGAAUGUGCAGCUUUGAAUACUUCCAGGUUGUGUUGAUCUUUGACGGUCUGGAUGAGUGUCGCCUUCCUCUGGACUUCCACAACAAUGAGGUCCUGACUGAUGUUAGAGAGUCCACCUCAGUGGAUGUGCUGCUGACAAACCUGAUCAGGGGGAAUCUGCUUCCCUCUGCUCGCCUCUGGAUAACCACACGACCUGCAGCAGCCAAUCAGAUCCCUCCUGACUGUGUGGACAUGGUGACGGAGGUGAGAGGGUUCACCGACCCACAGAAGGAGGAGUACUUCAGGAAGAGAUCCAGAGAUGAGGAGCAGGCCAGCAGCAUCAUCUCCCACAUGAAGACAUCACGAAGCCUCCACAUCAUGUGCCACAUCCCAGUGUUCUGCUGGAUCACUGCUACAGUUCUGGAGGAGCUGCUGAGAACCAGAGAGGGAGGAGAUCUGCCCAGAACCCUGACUGAGAUGUUCAUCCACCACCUGGUGGUUCAGACCAAAGUCAAGAAGGUCAAGUAUGAUGGAGGAGCUGAGACAGAUCCACACUGGAGUCCAGACAGCAGGAGGAUGAUUGAGUCUCUGGGAAAACUGGCUUUUGAGCAGCUGCAGAAAGGAAACCUGAUCUUCUAUGCGUCUGACCUGACAGAGUGUGGCAUCGAUAUGGAAGCAGCCUCAGUGUACUCAGGAGUGUUCACACAGAUCUUUAAAGAGGAGAGAGGACUGUACCAGGACAAGGUGUUCUGCUUCGUCCAUCUGAGCGUUCAGGAGUUUUUGGCUGCAGUCUACAUGUUCCACUGUUACACCAACAGGAAGGAGAAGGUUCUGGAGGACUUCCUGGGAAAAGACUGGAAAGACGAGAACAGAAACACUCUGGAUGUGUUCAUGAAGAGAAUGAUGGAGAAAUCCCUGAGAAGUAAAAAUGGUCACCUGGACCUGUUUGUUCGUUUCCUUCAUGGUCUCUGUCUGGAGUCCAACCAGAGACUGUUAGGAGGUCUGCUGGGUCGGACAGAGAACCGUCCAGAAAUGAUCCAGAGAGUCAUCAACAACCUGAAGGAGAUGAAGAGUUAUUUUAUGUCUCCAGACAGAAGCAUCAACAUCUUCCACUGUCUGAUGGAGAUGAAGGAUCUCUCAGUACAUCAGGAGAUCCAAGAGUUCCUGCAGUCAGAGAACAGAUCAGAGAAGGAACUCUCUGAGAUCCACUGCUCAGCUCUGGCCUACAUGCUGCAGAUGUCAGAGGAGGUUCUGGAUGAGUUGGACCUGGACAAGUACAGAACAUCAAAGGAGGGAAAACGGAGACUGAUUCCAGCUGUGAGGAACUGCAGAAAGUUCCGACUUUCUGACUGCAGACUCUCAGAGAGUCACUGUGAAGUCGUGGCCUCAGCUCUGAAGCCCAACCCCUCCCAUCUGAUAGAUCUGGACCUGUUUAGAAACAACCUGAAGGAUUCAGGAGUGAAGCAUCUUUGUGAUGGACUGCAGAGUCCAAACUGUAAACUGGAGACUCUCAGACUGGAGUGGUGCAGUUUGUCAGAGAUCAGCUGUGAUUCUCUGGUCUCAGCUCUGAAGUCCAACCCCUCCCAUCUGGAACAUCUGGACCUGAGCUACAACAAGCUGAAGGAUUCAGGAGUGAAACAUCUGAGUGGUUUUGUGGAGAGUCCAGACUGCAUCCUGAAGACUCUGAGAUUGGUGAGCUGCACUUUGUCAGAGAUCAGCUGUGAUUCUCUGGUCUCAGCUCUGAAGUCCAACCCCUCCCAUCUGGAACAUCUGGACCUGAGCUACAACAUCCUUCAGGAUUCAGGAGUGAAACAUCUGAGUGGUUUUGUGGAGAGUCCAGACUGCAUCCUGAAGACUCUGAGAUUGGUGAGCUGCAGUUUGUCAGAGAUCAGCUGUGAUUCUCUGGUCUCAGCUCUGAAGUCCAACCCCUCCCAUCUGAAACAUCUGGACCUGAGCAGGAAUGACCUUCAGGAUUCAUCAAUGAAACAUCUGUUAGAUCUUGUGGAGAGUCCAGACUGCAGCCUGAAGACUCUGAGAUGGAAGUGAUGCUGAUCAAGACGGUGUUUGUGCUGAGAGGAUGAAGUGUGUCCUGAUGAUCCAGAGGUUGAAGCAGCAGCAGCAGCUGGUGUGCAGAGACUCUGACUGGACCAUGUUACUGGGAGGUGGACUGGGAACCAGUAUGAAGUCUGUUGUUCCUGUAUAGUUUAGUGUUGCAGCUCCACACUGUGAAUGAUGGAGAACUGCAGUUAAUGUUGACUUGAUCCGUUGGAGGUUGAUGUCAGGUUGCAGAGUGUGCAGGAAGUUUCAGGAUGUUUUCCACUCUGACUGAUAUCUGCCCACUUGGAGCCUCAAUUCCAGGUUUUCAGCCCUUGGUCUGUUUGUGGGAAUGUUCCAGCGUUAUCUUUUAGUUUUGUCCUCACAUUAGCAUGACGUCAUGGUUGGUAAUGAUUCAAGCUGACCUUUAUUAACACAGAACUCUGAAACACAUCCUGACUCAGCUUGUAAAUAACACUCAGGGCCUUCAGGUGUUUAAUCAGGACUUUUCCAGCACAUAUUAGUUGUUUGAUGAUCAUCAGUCAGUUUUCUGCUGACAUGUGGUUCCAUCAGCUCAGUUCCUGCUCUCUGACAGAAACUGUAUUUGUCCAACUGGUCAGUUUGUCAGUCAGGAUGGAAUUCUUCAUCCUCCACCACUCCUAUUGACCUGUACUGCUGCUCAUGUGCACUAACUCUGUUUAUAUAUUUGUAUCUUUUCAGUAUUUUUCUAUUUUAUUUGUACAUAGUGUGCCUUUUUCUAUUUUUAUAUAUAGCUGGGAGUGACCAAUCACAACCUCGCUGUGUGGAAACACAAUGACAAUGAAGAUUGUUGAUUGUUGAUUGUGUAGCAGUCAGGGCAGAGGAGCAGAGAGAGUGAGAGGAGAAACCUCUACUGGAAAGGGGAGUCUAAAGGAUUUCACAGCAGAGAGUCAUUUGUGAUGCAGACAGUCUGAAUUUUAUGGAACUCAAUAUGAAUAUGAAAUAUGAAACAUUUCAGUCCAGGUGCACCAUAUCAGACUGAUUUAACUUGAGCUUUUAUUUAGGAGAGUGGAAAGUGGAGAUAGCCAAGAGAGAGAUAUAUAAGCCAAAUUAGCCCGGCCCAAAUGUUUUCAAGAGAACCUUAAUAGAACUGUAAUUUAAGUCAUCAAGUAAUAUUUUUCAGGGCUUGAAAUAACAACCAUUUUAGUCACAUAUGUGCCCACAAUGUAAUCUGUGCCACUUCAGAAUAUUUGGGAGUAAACAGUUCUUGUGUUAUUCUGUCCUCACGAUGGUGUGACGUCUACCAAGGCUAGACAGAUAGCGAACAACCCAAGAAAUACUCCGUGGCCAUGUAGUUACUUAGAGCUUUACUUGGUGGCAGUAAUCUUUUGUAAUAAGUUGUAAAACUGUAAUACACAAAUAAAACAGUCUAUCAGCAAUGUGUACAGGCUUCAUCAAAAAUGAAAGAAAAUGCAAAGUGAAAAUAUAAAAAACUCUAAAUGGAGACAAUUAGCCUAGCUAAACAAUCACAUGUGCAAAUCUAGCAUAGCAUUCACAUUCAAAUGUAGCUCAAAAUGCUAGUUUAUGUUUCAUUAAACACAUAUUUGCAGAAACACAUAUAAAACUUCAAACUUAAGGACUAAGAUACCCCAAGGCUGAAAACUGCGGAUGAACUGCCACUUAUGUGCACUGUGUGGUGGCUGCGUGCAGACUGAGUAGCCGGGCAAAAACAAAAGCUAUCUCAAGUUUGGUCACUAGAGGGCAGCGUGAGAGUGUGUGAUUAACUAAAAUUUGUCUUAAUAAUACAAAAAUAAAUGUGAUAACAGUA